GCUGCGUCUCCGGCAUUUGAAUCGCGCUUCCGCCAUCUUUCCAGCUCCAGUCGGACAGGCGCGGAGACUCUUCUGGAAGCCGCUCUCUCUCCCCGCAGGAUCCGCCGCGAUGGCCGCCCAGGGAGAGCCGCAGGUCCAGUUCAAGCUCGUCCUGGUGGGCGACGGCGGCACCGGGAAGACAACCUUCGUGAAGCGCCACUUGACGGGCGAGUUUGAGAAGAAGUAUGUAGCCACCCUGGGCGUGGAGGUGCACCCGCUCGUCUUCCAUACCAACAGAGGACCCAUCAAGUUCAACGUGUGGGACACGGCCGGCCAGGAGAAGUUCGGGGGCCUGCGCGAUGGCUACUACAUCCAAGCCCAGUGUGCCAUUAUAAUGUUUGAUGUAACCUCAAGAGUUACUUACAAGAAUGUACCUAACUGGCAUAGAGAUCUGGUACGAGUGUGUGAAAACAUCCCCAUUGUAUUGUGUGGCAACAAAGUGGAUAUUAAAGACAGGAAAGUGAAGGCAAAAUCUAUUGUCUUCCACCGGAAGAAGAAUCUUCAGUACUAUGACAUUUCUGCCAAAAGUAACUACAACUUUGAAAAGCCUUUCCUCUGGCUUGCCAGAAAGCUCAUUGGAGAUCCUAACUUGGAGUUUGUUGCCAUGCCUGCUCUUGCCCCACCUGAGGUGGUCAUGGACCCAGCUUUGGCAGCACAGUACGAGCAUGAUUUAGAGGUUGCUCAGACGACUGCUCUCCCAGAUGAGGAUGAUGACCUGUGAGAAAGUGAAGCUGGAGCCCUGCGUCAGAAGUCUAGUUUUAUAGGCAACUGUCCUGUGAUGUCAGCGGUGCAGCGCGUGUGCCACCUUAUUUAGCUAAGCAGAUCGUGUACUUCAUUGGGAUGCUGAAGGAGAUGAAUGGGCUUCGAGUGAAUGUGGCAGUUAAACAUACCUUCAUUUUUUGGACUUGCAUAUUUAGCUGUUUGGAACAGAGUUGUUUCCUUUCUGAAUUUCAAAGAUAAGACUGCUGCAGUCCCAUCGCAAUAUCCAGUGGGGAAAUCUUGUUUGUUACUGUCAUUCCCAUUCUUUUCGUUUAGAAUCAGAAUAAAGUUGUAUUUCAAAUAAUCUAAACAAGUGAAUCAUCCCUUGCUUAUUAAAGCCACUAACACGAGGGAGCUUGUGCCAUAUUAUAGUUUAAAAUGCUUCUGCUAUUACCUGAGGUCUAUUCAGUUAUGUUCUCCUUGUGCCUACCUUCAUAAACAUUUAGAUUGUCUGUGACUCAGCUAGGAUGAUAUCUGCCCUACCUGCAUUUAGCCAGGUAGUUUAACCUAAGAGAAGACCUUGUGUAAAACUAAAGAUUUAAGUAUGUACGCAUCAGAUGUUUAAGGAUUGCAGUUGACAAUUUCUGUAACCUAGGCCUUCAGAAGUUAGAACUGCAGUUGACGGACGGAAGCUUGAGGGUUUUCUGAGAUGGACUACAUUUCUUCAUUUCCAUGUCUAAUGUUGGUUCUCUAAGAUGUCCUCUGCUUUCAAAUAUUGGCUCCUAUAUUGAGUGGUAGUCUCAGGAGGUAGAGGCAGGAGGAUCUCUUGAGUUUGCCCCCAACCUUAGUCUACAGAGCAAGUUCCAGGACUGAGAGACCUGUCUCAAAAAAUUCAUGGUAGGCUGUUACAGUAUUACAGCAGCUGAUCUUUUUUUUCUCCCACGGGGUUUAUAUAGGUUGUGCAGGAGAGGAAAUGCUAGGGCUACUGCCACUGAGGAGUAGGGUGGGCUUCUCUGAUGUGAUAGUGUUAGUUGAGACUUAGGUGUGUGAUCCCGGCACAACUGUGUUGCUCAGAUGUAUUUACAGCAAGCCAUUCCGUGUGCUCUGCUGGUCCAGUCUACCAAAGUUCCUAGAAGGGUGGAUACCUUCACAUAGUUGUUGGUGUUUGUUUUGUUUUGUUUUUUUCUCCCCAAAGAAGGUAGAUGACUUAAAUACAGUGGGGAAGGUGGAAGGAACUCAUACUGUGCAUUCUAGCUUCAGCAGACUGAUUGCAAGACUCAAAUUUGAUGUAUGUGCUAUGCUAUGAUCAGGUGAAGACCCUCUCCCCUGACUGGGAUGAAACCUCAUUUAGAUGUCUUGAAUUAAUACAUUGUGUGUAAACCUGGUAUAGAAUGUAGAACCUUUAUGACUUUCUGAUUUUUGUAACAGUUAAAUGUGGGAGCUGCUUACGUGUGUUUAACCAGAGUGCAGAGAUUUACAUUAUUUAUUGGAAGAACUUAAAUAUAUAUCAUUUCUGCUUUGCCUCAGU